AUGGCCGAAUCUCUCUCUCCCUCGGCUUCAUUUUCAGCGCGCCCCUUGUCGCAGGACGGCGCCAUUGCUUCAGCUUCUUCUAACUCGGGCUUGGCCGACCUCAACCCCCCCAGCGACUCCGCCCCCAAUGACCAGACAAAAGAGCGUAUUGAGACUAUUCUGCAGUCAGAGAUCGGUGUGACUACACUUCUCGCUCGUUUAAAACAAAGCAUUGCUUCGGCACGGGACUUUUCUACUUUCCUCAAAAAGCGGUCUGUACUCGAAGAUGAGCACGCUCAAGGCUUGAAAAAGCUCGCCCGCCAAACACAAGAAGCAGCGCAUAAACCCGAUACGCGCCAAGGAACAUACAGUCGCGCCCAAGAUGAAAUCACCAGAAUCCACGAACAAAUGGCCGACCAUGGCCUACAGUUCGCCGUCUCGCUGUACCAAAUGUCCGUCGACCUUUCCGAGCUCUCUGAGAAUAUCGAGAAAAGCCGCAAGCAGUGGAAGGCAAGCGGGCUCGCCGCAGAAAAGAAAGUAACCGAUGCGGAAGCUCUUGUGGAAAAGGCCAAGGCAAAAUACGAUUCUCUGGCCGAACAGUAUGAUCGUGUCAAGACCGGUGACAAGCAGGGAGGAAAGUUUGGUCUGAAAGGGCACAAGUCGGCCAUUCAGCAGGAAGAGGAGCUCAGUCGCAAGGUGCAAAAUGCGGAUGCCGAUUAUCAGGCCAAGGUUCAGGCUGCGCAGUCGGCGCGCAAGGAGUUGUUAGCGUCGCAUCGUCCUCAAACUAUUCAUCAGCUGCGACAGCUGAUUUUUGAGUGCGAUUCGGGGCUUACCCUUCAACUUCAGAAAUAUGCUGCAUUCAACGAGAGGAAUCUGCUCGGAAAAGGCCUUUGCGUCAGUCCGUUAAAGAAUGCGCCAUCGGAUGGACCGAAGAGUUUGCGCGAGAUUGUACACGAGGUCGAUAGCACCAAAGACUUUAACCAGCACAUCUUGACUCAUGAAGGUAGCUCUGGCGCGGUCAAGGCUCCCGAAGUUCAGUACCAUCGUCAUCCUACUCUUGGGGGGCCUUUACCUGGUAUUUCACCCGCACCUACAUCCCAGCCAGGCAGCUUCAACACUCGGCAAAACGCUCAGACUUCGUUAGCUGUGCCUUCCCAGCAACCUUUGGCAUCGCCGUCUUCACAGCCAGUUACGUCUCCUACAACAGAUCUCCCCGCGCAACUAUCACCUUUGACCAUCAUGAAUCCGGAUACCACUGACUCGGCUUCUCAAUAUCAAGCUUAUCCUGGUUCUGCACGCUCGAAUCAGCCGCUGUCGCCAGCUUCUGCUCCUGCUCCUUUCCCGUCUAGUCCGGCCAAGCCGUUCCACCAGACUUCUUCCAACGCUCCGAUGAUGCAGCCACCGAAUGGCUUUUCGAAUAAUCUUCCUCCUGUCAGACCUGUUUUCGGGUUGAGUCUUGAAGAUUUGUUCCGCAGAGAUGGGACAGCAGUCCCAGUGAUUGUUUAUCAAUGUAUCCAGGCAGUGGAGAUGUUUGGCCUUGAUAUGGAGGGUAUUUACCGACAAUCGGGAAGUGCCAACCAUAUCAACCAUAUGAAGGCAGCUUUUGACAACGACUCUUCCAAGGUCGACUUUACCAACCCGGAAAGCUUCUUCCACGAUGUAAAUAGUGUCGCUGGUCUGCUGAAGCAAUUUUUCCGAGAACUCCCGGAUCCUUUGUUCACGCGACAAUUCUAUAAUGACUUUAUUAAUGCUGCUCGAAUUGAGAAUGAUGGCCAACGACGCGAUUCCUUGCAUGCUAUUAUCAAUGGCCUUCCUGAUCCUAACUAUGCCACUUUACGUGCUUUGGUUUUGCAUUUGAAUAGAGUCCAGGAACAUGCAAGCAAUAACCGUAUGACGGCUGGCAACAUUGCCAUUUGCUUUGGACCGACUCUCAUGGGCGCUUCAGGAGCCAGUCUCAUCGACUCUGGCUGGCAGAACCGUGUCAUUGAAACUGUUCUAUUGAACACUUUCCAGAUUUUUGACGACGACUGA